AUGUUCGUCUCCUACCAGGGCUUCAAUUUCCACCGCCGGGCGCACAAGACCUCCAAGCGCCUGCCGUGCCUCAAGUGCUCCAAGACUUUCAGCAACCCUCAGAGCCUGAAGGUCCACCAGGCCACCCACUCCAGCAGGAAGCCGCACACCUGCCCCACCUGCGGGAAAGGCUUCAAGCUGCUGGGCCUGCGCAGCCACCACAAGUGCUUCUCCAGCCUGCAGGGCCUGAAGCUGCACGACCGCACGCACACGGGCCUCAAGCCGUACGGCUGCGCCGCGUGCGGCAAGAGGUUCACGCAGGCGCCGCACCUCAAGGCCCACAUGGUCACCCACACCGGCGAGCGGCCCUUCCUCUGCACCACCUGCGGCAAGAGGUUCACCCAGUCGUCCCACCUGAACUCUCACAUCAAGCUGUUCCACCUGGGCGAGAAGCCGUUCAGCUGCGCCGACUGCGGCAAGAGCUUCACCAUCGCUCACUAUCUGAAGAUGCACCGGCUCAGCCACACUAAAGAGAAGCUCUACCAGUGCUCCUACUGCGACAAGGCCUUCUCCUACCACAACUCCUGGAGGGCCCACGAGAGGAUUCACACCGGCGAGCGCCCCUUCGGCUGCCGCGACUGCGGCCGGACCUUCAUCACAUCCGGCUCACUGCUGACCCACCAGCGCGCCGCGCACACCGGCGAGAAGAACCACUACUGCAUCACCUGUGGCGAGUUCUUCUUCACCAGCUCCCUGCUGCGCGUGCACCAGCUGGACCACACCGGCGAGCGCCCGCAUGUCUGCAGCUGCGGCAAGACCUUCAAGACCAAAGGAGUCCUGAGGUUCCACCUGAAGAGGUUCACGGACCACCGGCCGGCCCAGUGA